AACUGAGGCAAAAAUAAAAGAUUGUGUUUAUGAAAAAAAAAUGUCAAUUACAAGUAAAAAAAUAUUUGUUUAUUGUGUUUAUCGUUGCUCCAGUGUAAAAUGGACUCUUCCUCAUUUGAUAUUUGUGUCCUUGAACCUGAAAAAGUAAGGUUAGGUGUGUAAAAAGCGUCAAAAAUCGUGUUAUUUUGAAAAUUAUUGUGUAAUAUACAAUGUGGCCCCUUUUAAUAAGAACAUUACGAGUCUACGCCCCGUAUAUUACUCUUCCCUUUGCGGCAGUAGUCGGUGUUAUAGGUUAUAAUUUGGAAAAUUAUUUUUCAGAUAAAUACACACCAUAUAAUGCUUCAAUUAAAGAAUCAAGGGACGAUAGACUUCUCUCUAAUGAAACUUUGGAGUCGGCAACUGAAAUAGAAAAACUUCGGUAUAAAGCCAAUGUUUUGGGCACUAAUGUAUCCCCAUCAUUAGAAAAUUAAUGUGUGAAUUAUUAGAGCAAUGUUCUGUGAUAAAGUAGUCAAUAAAUAAUUAUUUUGAAAGCAA